AUGUUUCAAUCACCGUCAUUCUCUACUAGCAACAAUUCUCAAUAUCCUCGUCUGUUUAUGUUUCAACCACCACCACCCAACAUCACUAGCCAAUAUACACAUUCAAUGGGUACCAACGACGUUGUAGAGUCUCCUAAUGUUGAAUCAGAAUCACCAAUUGGUUCCACUACAGAUUCUCAGGUGCCAGUGUUCUCCACUCAAGAUGGUCUAGAAAAUAUUACUUUUGCAGAAGAAGGAGAACGUUCAACCCAAAAGAAACAGCGUGUCAGGUUCUUAGAAGAAGAAGAUAAAUUGCUUAUCCAGACAUGGCUUAACAUUUCAAAAGAUUCAGUUGUGGGAGUUGACCAAAAAGCUGAUAGUUUUUGGAGUAGAAUCAAAGAGGGCUAUAACAACUAUCGUGGACCACUUACAGUGAGAGACUACAAACUAGCUGUUGCUAAUAAGAAAAGUGGACAAUCGGAGACCGACGUCAUGGAUGAGGCACGUAAAAAAUUUGUACAAGUACGUCAUCAACGUUUCACAAUGGAGCAUGCAUGGAGGUUGUUGAAGGAUGAACCUAAAUGGAAGGGACAAGAAAUGAACAACUCUUCAAAGAGAUCAAAGAUAUCCUCUGACGGGACAUAUUCAUCGACAUCUAAUUCAAAAAUUCCCAUAGAUUGUUCAGAAUACAAUAGUGUAACUCAGACCGACCGCCCAACAGGACAAAAGGCGACAACAAGGAAGGGUAAGGGAAAAUCAUCUACGUCUAUAGUACCCAUAGUGGAUUUGACUGGCUUGGAAAAUGUCGUAGAAAAGAAAUUAUCUAUCUAUGGUAAAAUAGAUGAAGCAAGGUUGGCAGAGAGCAUACCCAUGUUGUAUGAAAUUCUCAUGAAGGACAAAUCAACAAUGAAUGAUGAGCAACGUCAAGAGCAUGAAGAAAUUUGUCAAAGCAUCAAGGAGAAGUAUUUCAAGAAAACUUAG